AUGGCCGACCCGAACCAGCCGCCAGCCAGCGACGAUGAGCAAUUGAAGACCGCUACUUCCUCGAGCCCUCGCAGCAAUGGCCCCGCCAUCUCCGCCCAAUCGUUCGCCACCGACAUGUGCGUCACGGCCAACGUCACCAACACGCAGCGCGACGAGUCGCCGCACACCACCUUCACCAACAUGUCGGCCUCGACCUGCCGCAUUACUGACCCUCGCCUGAGCGACACUUCGGCUGGCGGAUCCUCGCCACAGCGUACCGCCGCCCAUGCUCGUCCAUCCCGCAGCGCUCUCCCGCACCGGCAUUUCCGCUUCUCGUCUCCGCUCUACCAGCCGCGGCCCUAUCGCAAACCCGACGACUCGCUCGACCUCGGUUCCCGCCCCGGC